AUGUCCAACUUCGUACCGCCUUCACAACAUCGCUCGCUGCGCGCCUGCAUGGUCUGCAGCAUUGUCCUUCCUGGUUCGCGCUUCCGCCGUGAGGGAUGUCCCAACUGCGAGGAGUUUCUCGAGCUGCUCGGCCACGACGAUGCCAUUCAGGAGUGUACCAGCCAGGUCUUUGAGGGCCUCAUCACACUUGCCGAUCCUGCUUCCAGCUGGACCGCUAGGUGGCAGCGACUCGACAGCUACGUCCCCGGUGUUUACGCUGUCAAGGUGACGGGCAUCUUGCCUGAAGAGGUCAUCUCCACCGUCGAGGCCGCCGGUGUCAAGUACAUCCCGUGA